GGACCCCGCCGGGGCGGCCAAGCGGGCUGCGGCGUGGCAGGCUGAAAGUUUUAAUUGGAAGAAAUGGACAUUAAAGGAUUGCAGGGAGAAGAUAAAAUGAAGAUGCUACUUUUGCUAGCAUAUUUGCUAAGUAGAGUAAUUUGUGAGACUGGAGAUUGCAGAGAACAAGAAUUUAGGGACCAUGCUGGAAACUGUAUCCUCUGCAAACAGUGCGGGCCUGGAAUGGAACUUUCAAAGGAAUGUGGAUUUGGAUAUGGGGAGGAUGCACAGUGCAUGACAUGCAGGCCAAACAGAUUCAAGGAAGACUGGGGCUUUCAGAAGUGCAAGCCUUGUCUGGAUUGUGCAUUAGUUAACAGGUUCCAGAAGGCCAACUGUUCUGCAACCAGCAAUGCAAUAUGUGGAGACUGUUUGCCUGGAUUUUAUAGGAAAACAAAGCUUGGAGGGUUUCAAGACAUGGAGUGUGUUCCUUGUGGUGAUCCUCCUCCUCCCUAUGAGCCUCACUGUACCACCAAAGUAAACCUUGUAAAGAUCCCAUCAACAGCUUCCAGUCCUCGAGACACUGCUCUGGCAGCAGUUAUAUGCAGUGCACUUGCAACAGUGCUCUUAGCUCUCCUUAUUCUUUGUGUUAUCUAUUGUAAAAGGCAGUUUAUGGAGAAGAAACCAACCUGGUCUCUGAGAUCACAAGACAUUCACUACAAUGGCUCUGAACUGUCAUGUUUUGAUAGACCACGGCUAAAUGACUAUGACCACAGAACUUGCUGCCAGUGCCAGAGGAGCACAACACAAACAUGUGGACCAGUUCACUUGAUUCCAUCCCUGUGCUGUGAUGAAACCUGUAGCAUUGAGCAUAGCAGUCACAGUUGUGCUUUCCAUUCACAUACAACACUUAAUGAAAGGGCUUCUGAUUCUGUUGGAGAAAUGAUUCCUGCCUUCCUUGGUUCUCUUUCACACUCAGCCUGUGGAGACAUUUCAGAUGCUUGGCCUCUUAUGCAAAACUCAGCUUGUUGUGACAGCAUUUCUUUCUGUGAAUCAUAUUCAGAACUGGCUGGAGGAUCUGCAAAAUCCUGCAGUCCCAAGACUGAAAACACAGCCAGUGUUGAGUUGGAUAAUAAUCAGGAUCUAAGUGAAGUACUUAUUUCAGCUGAGACUCUUGAUGGAAACAUUGCAAAGUCCUUUGAAAUCUCCAAACAUAGAACAUGCAUAGAAGUUUCAUCACUUCAGAACUCAGUAGCUGCUGAGACCCAGCCAAAAACAAAGCGUAAUGGAACAGCAAAUGACUCUACAGACUGAUAAUGAGGAAACAAAGCUAUUUCUCUCAGCACUGAAGUUGAAUGCUUUGCUGAUGCACCUCUGCUAAUUCUCAUCAACUUUAGACUGGUCUUGAAUGUUGCAUGGUUUCAAAAUCAGAUGGAAAAAAUGGCAUCAUUUCACACCUUCUGAGCAGUUGCAUCUGAGAUGUGACAGCUGUAAAGUGAAACUUCAAAGAGAAUCCUAGGACAGCCCUGAAAGUGGAUUUAUGACCUUUUGCAUCUCUUUUGAAAAAAGAACCUUCUGUUCCCUCAGAUUCUCAAAAUGUCUAAUGGAGUGAGCUUAAAAGUAUAUGUAAAUACAGCAAGAAAUAUAAAUACUUAAGUGUGUUUAGGUAGGCAUCUUAUAUAUGGCUACAGAUGUCAGAAGGCAUGGG